CGGAAGAACGCCCAAAUCAACAGCAAUCACUGAUCAUCGAACAUUUUAGGGGGUUUAGAGUCGAGUCAUCACAUGGAGCACUCCUCCCAACCUCCAAUCUGCUUCGCCGAGCUCCUGUAUUGGUCGCACUACUUUCAGCUGAGGCUAUCGGCUAUCAAAUCUGAAUGAGCGUGGCCAUCACAGAAUCGACCAAUCGAGGAAUGGGGCAUGUAGAACAGGUAGACCGAGAUGAGAAGAGCAACCAUUCAUUGGAUUGCGAAGACACUACACCUACCAAAGACCUGCGACAGAAGAUAACGGAACUUCAAGCGUCUUUGGAAGAAUCGAAAGAAGCAUUGCUCCUGAAAUCAAAAACUCUAGACUCUGUCCUUGACCAGGUGUCCGAUCAGGUGGUGGUAGCUGAUUGUGACACGUGUGUCGUUGUGGAAGGAAAGAAUCGGGGUCAGCACGUGUGGGAGAUACCUCCCUUUUCCAGCUCGUCGAUGGACUUCUGGAAGCCACUCUUGCAAAAAGAUCGAGGUGAAGAAGCAAGUAACUUGGAGCAAGAUGAGUGGAACAUCAGUCUCAAGCAUAUCCCAGGGAAAUCACGACAUGUCAUACUACGCGCUCACAGAACCGACAACAAUAGCGACAUCAUUGAAGCAGCUCUGAAAGAGUCGGAAGAACGACAUCGCAAUCUCUUUGAAUCCAUGGUUCAGGGGGUAGUCUAUCAGGCUCAGGGUGGUAACAUCAUUGCCGCCAAUCCAAGUGCCGAACGCAUCUUGGGCUUGACUCUGGAUCAAAUGAAGGGCCGAACGUCGAUUGAUCCCAGGUGGAAAUCCAUUCACGAGGAUGGCAGCGAUUACCCCGGCCAAACACACCCGUCCAUGGUAGCCUUGUCCACCGGAAAACCUGUUACUGGGGCUGCCAUGGGCGUUUUCCAUCCCGUUGAUGAACAGAUCCACUGGAUAGUUGUAGACGCAAUUCCAAGGUGGCGCGCGAAUGAGACAAAACCAUAUCAAGUUUACGCUACCUUUACCGACAUUAGCGACCGAAAACGCUACGAGGUUGAAAUCCUCAAGGCAAAGGAAAAGGCAGAGGAGGGCAAUCAUCUCAAGAGCGCCUUCCUCGGCAACAUGAGCCAUGAAAUCCGAACACCGCUCAAUGGUCUGAUGGGACACAUAGAGCUGGCCCUCUCCAGUCAGCUAUCGGAGGAUAGUCGACAAGAAAACCUUGAAGGCUUGCAAAUUGCCAUUCAGUCGGGGCGACUGCUGAUCAAUAUCAUUGAAGAUAUACUGGAUCUGAGCAAGAUUGAGGCGGGACAAAUGGAUGUGUCCAAAGAUCAGGCGUUUCCUUUGAGGCCGAUCAUGGAGCAAGUGAACAGUGUUGGUAACAUGCUCAUUACCCAACGCAAAAAGACAAUUUCGCUUCGGACAAAGGUGGAUCCAGACAUUGCCAAUUGCAUAUAUGGUGACUACUUCCGGAUACAACAGGUUCUAAACAAUUUGGCCAGCAAUGCGAUCAAGUUCACCGACACUGGGUUUGUGGAGAUACGAGUCGGCUUCGCAGACGACAAUACGCUGUUGGUUGAGGUCCAAGAUACGGGCAAGGGUAUCUCAGAGGCGCAUGCUUCGGUUGUCUUUGAACCUUUCAGACAAGUUGACUUUGGGGAUACACGCAAGCAUGGUGGGACCGGCCUUGGGUUGACGAUUUCCAAAAAGCUGGUUCAGCUUAUGGAUGGUUCAUUGUCUGUCAAGUCAAAACUCAAGGAGGGGUCGACAUUCUCAUUCACGCUGCCGUAUCGUGUAGCUCCCGAAAGAAGCGAGCUUCAGAUGGAAGGUCCUUUAGGUAGCGCCGGUGGCCUUGGAUCACGUCCCAAUAGCCGCAACAACCUCUUGGCCCUUGCCGAAGCGGCUGGCGUAGCCUCGGAUGGUCGCGCUAAUUGCAGCAAAAGCAACAAUUCACAGAGGAAACAACGAACAGUCCUGAUUGCAGAAGACGAUCCUGUGAGCCGGAAGAUUGCCAAUCGAAUGUUAGCCAAAGCUGGCUACUACGUCAUACUAGCAGAAGAUGGGCUUGAAGCCGUGGAAGCCUUUGAAAAGACUACUGAUGGCAUUGAUUUGAUUCUGAUGGAUAUUCAGAUGACACACAUGGGAGGUCUGGAGGCCACACAACGUAUCCGGUCAAUGGCCAAAGAUACACCGUACGCUUCGGAGAUCCCAAUCAUUGCUCUGUCGGCUGGAGCCAUGAAGGGUGACAAAGAAAAUGGGUUGGCCGCCGGCAUGACAGACUAUUUGACAAAACCCGUCAACUACAAACAGCUAUUGGCAACGCUUCGACAGUACAUUGGUGAAAGGGGGGCCGACAAGAGCAAUGGUUGACACGUUCACUGUCAGGGGGUUUUAGUGAUACCGUGGAUCCCCACAUAUAGCAGAGAAGCAGCAUGACGCAUAACAUGUGUAAAAAUAAUCACUAAGCUAAGAUACGUCUUUCCUGUAGG